CGUCAGUACAAAGAGCAUGAUAACAUCAAUUAAAAAUGACAGUGAUCAAUAUGUAUGAGAAAAUUACUUCGUGCCUUUUGAUCUUACUUGUGAUUGCCCGUGCAAAAGAAGCUACUACUGCUAAAAACGUGAAAACUGCAGAUUUCUCCAAUUUAAGAUUAUCAACCGUUCUACCCUAUUCAUUAUUAUAUAAUGAUGAACAUUUAACGAAAGAAAAUCCAAAGAGAUCGCUCGUUUUAUUAAUGCCACUAUCACAGACACAAACUGAACAUGAAAAGCCACGGGAAACAAUUCAGAAAACAAAACGUUGCGGUACACAACAUAAAAAAAAUAGAUUUUUGCUAUUAUCGAGAAAGGAAGAUGAUGAUAAAAUAAGAAACACGGAUGAAAAUAUCGUAGGAAUUCCCAAGCAAAUUUCAGAUAAAUUCGCCGUAAAAAACGCAAAAUCGUCAGCAACGUCAAAAAAAAUAACUGAAAUACACGAGGAUGAAGUGCUUCUGCGAGCCCUCAAAGACAAUUUAAAUACGGAUGAUGUAAUUGUAAAAUUAAGGUCUCGAGAAAAGGGGAAAAAAUGUAAUUCAGAUAAAUAUAUUUGCCAUUGCAAAGAAGAAAAGUGUCUCUCUAGUUCAUCAAGGAAAAGUCCUUCGAGAAUGUUAGGUUCAUCCAGAAAAGACAAACCUGAAAGGACAAAUAAUCGGAAACUAACGAAACCUGAAAAUGCGAAAUCAGAUAUCUUACAACAAAAAUCGCCCAUAUUAUAUGAAAGUCCUCACGAAUUGUCUUUUCCCGACCUGCUCAAUUAUUUUCCAAUACAACCCUAUCAAGAAAGAAUGAACAUCCCCUCUGUACCAGUUUUAUAUCAAUUAAUACCAAAUGUAUUGCCUCGCAUGGUUGGAAAUGAAGGAAAAUAUAUCAAUAUCGGGAUUCCAUUUACUUCAUCUGAGGGCAGACCAAAUUAUCCAGUCGGAAAUAACCAAAAUCACGCGAUUACUUAUCAAAAACCUUUUAUAUCCUCACCUAUAACCGAAAGAUAUCAAGCUGAAAGUUCCACUUCAGUUACUUCACCUUCGACAAAUAACGUUGAUGCAACGACUGUUAGGGAAACGACAGGUGAUCUUGAGACAAGUAACCUGAUUGGUCAAGUCGAAGAUCAAGAACAAUUUCCUAAAUUAACUACAGAAGCUCUGAAUGUAGAUGCAGCUGAUUCAAAAACAGAAGCCAAUUUACCCUUGAACUAUUCGACUGAUGUAACUAAAGAAAAUAACACUAUAAGUUCUUUUGAUUUAAAUGAAGUUACGCCCCAAUCAGAAGAUUUUAUAGAAAAAACUGAACAAAAGCCAGAUAAUAAUCUCUCUAAGUCAACAUAUUCGACAGAUUAUGCUCGCACCGUACCAUCUUUUAUCUCUGACGGGACGUACAAUGGAAAAUUGAUAAACAUGAAAGAAUGCAUACAGCUAUUUGGUCGCGAUGUGUGCGUGCUCAGUGCGGCGUCACCAAAAAUGCUUGCCAAACAGGCGCAAGCAAAUAAUAUAAACGAGUAUUCUACAAUUAGAAUUCCGGAAUAUGUUACACAAAUGUCGGCUAGAAAAAAAACAACGUUGAACAAUAUUGACUACUCGGAUAAACUUAAAACGACUGAUCCAUACUCGGCAUCGGACUCGUCUACUAAUGGAAUCAACAAAUCAAAUGUUAAUUUAAAUAAAUUCCUUGAAUCAACAAGUGUAAAGUCUAUCAAACAAAUUUCUGAGCCAGAUGUCGAUUAUGAUAAAAGUAAAUCAUUUAAUGCCGUAAAAAAUAUGCAUACUCCAAUAAAGAAAUUGAUGGAUCCAGCAAUUGAUGAGCCCGCAAAGACGAAAAAAGAUAAAUUGCUAGGCAAAAGUAAAAGUCGUACAAACAAAUUAUUGUUAAAUCCAAAUGAGAAAAUAACAAAUACAACUUCUAGCGACAAAGUCAUUUCUUCUACGCCUUCAUAUAAAUCGACAGUUAUUAGUUGCGACUCUAAAACCGAAUAUGAUUCUAAAGAACAAGAUAGAAACAAUCUAAAAGAAUCAAAUACGGUUUCUGAAAAGAACAUUCCUCAAGAACAUUUUAAAGAAAAGACUGCAACUACUAGUUCUAAUUCCAAAACCGGAAGUAAUUUUGAAGAGGAAACAAAAAAAGAAAUAACAGGAACAAAAGCCAGUGUCCACCCGAAAGAGGUUCCUCAAGAACAAUUUACGACAAUGCAAUACUUUGACGAUAGCAAUAUUCUUGGAGCGCUCAUCGAUUCGUCAACGAGCAGAUUACCAUUUUGGGAUAACUUGCUUUUAAAUUCCAUCAGGAAGGUCAUCAAUGAUUUUGCAACGGAUCCUCGUUUGACCAAAACAAAAAAUUUUAAUGAAAAUAUCCUUCAAACGCAAGGUAAAGCUUUAUCGCCAGAAAUCCUGCAAGUCCCAAAUUUGAAGAACAUCUUGUCGAUACCGCAGAUAGAGAAUACGAUUGUAGAAAAAGCAAAGGACGUGUUGUCUUACGUCACAGCUAUUCCGAGAAGACAUUUCACAAACAAUUGGUCACACGGUGUGAUCAGAAACACUCUUCACAGCAUAUUGAAUGCUGUAUCUGGUCUUCAUCACAAACUCCCACCGAUGACGCUUGAGGAGCAUCAAUUCAAAGACGGACAAUGGAGGACUGAAUUAGUGACCUUAGCACCAAUUUCGAAUCACAAGUUCUCGAAAGGAACACCGGAAAACUUGCGGCAAAGUAUCAAAGAUCUUCUAAGUUCCCCGGCAAUCAGAUCGCAAACAGACCGGUAUGUUGUACGGAACAUGAUUGUACAAAGCGUGAAAAAUAAUUUAACCAACGAUAAUAAAGAUGAUAAAAUAGACGAUUCGAUCAUUUCUGCACUAAAUGACGUUCUCCAGGGAUUAAAAAAUUCAAACGAUAUUAACGCGUUAGAAAACAGUAAUGAAGUUGUCGAUGAUAAACAAGGUAUAGACAUGGCUUUCUCGCAAGAAAUUUCAACAAGUAAUUACGAAGAAUUAAAUGUCGAUAAUUCAAUAUCGAAUAACAAACAGAAUGUUGAUAUAAAAAAGGAUAAAACGGAUACUAAGAAAAUGGAUAUCAUAGACAACCAGAAAGCUAAAACAUUAGAAGACAACACAAAUAUGUAUAUAUUGACUACUACUGAAUUUCCACACUUAUUACAAUUACAAUCAGAAAAAGAAGAAGAAACAACAAAUAACGCUAAAAUAAAGGAAAAUACCACAGAUUUUGGACAAAUAAAAAAGAUGAAUGUGCAAGAUGAUACAGAAAAGGAAUUAGUUGAACCACAGAGACCUAAAAUAAUUUAUCACAAAGCUAUUUCACAAAGUAAUCCUAACGUAUUAGCGACUCUUGAACCAGAUUCAACGGGAACUGAGCAAUACUUGAAAAAUCAUCACAUCGAUGAAGAAAGUGCUAAAGACACAACGACGAUCACAAAUGCUGUGCAAGAAAGUUCACCUAAUUACGCACAAGUAUCGGAUGGCAUAAUUCUAGAAAAUUUGGCAAAAACUAAGGACACUGGGGAGGAAGUAAAACAUAUACUAAAUGAAAAAACAACCACUUCAACUGAGAUUGAUCCAUUAAUAAUAUUAGAAAGAAUAAAGUCUAAUUCGCCACCAACAAGGUAUUAUUCACCGGAGAUUUUGAAAUAUGCGACGAAGAAUCGUGUCGAUGAUAAAAAUGUUGAAACUACGACAGCAUCCACAAGCUUUAUACGAGAAACGUCACCCAAUUACGGACAGAAGUCGGAUUGUACAAUUUUACAAAUUAUAGCAAAAGCUAAUGACGAAAUAAAGUAUCCAUCAACUACUACAUUUGGUAAUUUAAUAUCGUCCACAAAUGUAGAAUAUAGAGAUUAUAAUCCUAAAAUUUCUUUAACAGGCAAAAAUCUUUCAGAAUCGCAACAGAACUCACAGCGGAAUUUUACAGGAGAUAAUAUUGUCAAAAUCCACGAAGUUACUACAGAGAUUGAACGAACCUACGCAAAAACUACGUACUUCAAGGCAGAAUCUCCUGGCGGUAGCGCGAGAAUUAGUUCGCCUUCAUUAACUUCUGAAACUACAUGCACUGAUACUAAUAGCAAUCUAAUUAGCAACGGGAUAAAUAAUACCGAUAAUGCCAUAAAAGCGAAGGAAGUAAUUGUUUCUUCUUCCAAAUCAUCUGUCAGAGACGAUAUCGAUCCUUCUCAGCUAUCUCCUUCAUCAAUUGCUCUCGAUGAUAUCUCGGAACUUCAGGGAUCGCAACUCUAUUACAUCAAUGACGGCGUAAAAUUGCCGCUGGAGAUAAAGAGAUUGGAAGAUGGUUCUUAUGCAUUAUCAAUCGCCAAAAAAAUAUGCGAGCAGAUUCUCACAAGAAAAUGUCCCUGCUGCGUGCCGCUGCAAGGAUAUGUAGUUCGAUCAAUAAAAAAUCAUCAACCAAAAGAUAUUCAUGCAAUAACUACAGAAAAGCAAGAUCAAGAAAAUAUGUAUGUAAAUAACAUUAAUAGAGAUUACCAAUCGGUUGAGCCAUUUAACACAUUAGUAACUUCAUUAAUAACAAGGAGAGAUGCUUUGAGAACACAAAAAUCAAAAGAGGAAGAAGAAGAAGAAGAAGAAAGGAUAAAUGUGCACCAUCCAUUGAUGGAAAAUGAUGAUAAUUUAGUAACAAAUCCGAUGCCCGUCAUUGAUUUCGCAAAAAAGUACAAUCUAUUGCUCGAUUUCAAUGAAGAAAAAAUACCAUUUAAUGGAAUUGGAUUGCAAGACAAACUGCAAAACUAUGAUAAAUCAUUAAUAAAAUCUGAAAAAAUGUCUGAAUACGAUCAGUCCGAGGAGAAGAAUCUCAAUAAUUAUCCUGAUAUGAAAAAUAGUAUAUUAUUGGAUGUAAAUAGCGACGCAAUUAAUAAAUUUCAAGACUUGACAAAUGUUCGCAAGAAAAAGAAUACUCCAAAUAUGAAUUUACUUCCAAUACUUCCAAUUGCUCAGCAAUUGUUCAACUUGAGAAAGAAUUCUGAAGAACGAAAGGCGAGAGCAGAAGUGACUCAAUCGGAAAUAGGUCAAGGUUCAAAAUUACGCGAAGCUAAAACUGCAAACGAUGUUGAAAAUGCUGCGAACGCUGCACAAAAAACAAAUUCAGAGGGUCGAGAAACGACGAAUCCUGCUUUUAAAGAAAUUAAUAUUUCCGAAUCAAGCAAAGAGGAAAUAAAUUGGGACAAAUUAUCGGAUAUCGUAAACCACAAUAACUUUAUUUUAGAACAUGUUAAGGGAGUUUUCCGCAAAGAGAAAAAUAAGGAGCACGUAGCAACGGAAUUGAUCGACAAUAGAUCUAACGAAGAAAUUAAAAAUUUUAAAGAAAAUAUUGGAAAGUAUAGAUAUCAACGAAAUACAAAUAAUGAGGCAAAUAAAGGAACAGAACUAGUAAAAUCUAUGCUGUAUUGGCUUAAAGGUCUUUUCGUAAAUUAA